AUGUCCAGCUCAGACGACGAUUUUGAUGAUGAUGAAGAUGAUGUUUUACUACAAGAUUUUUUACUUGGAAAAACACAGAUACCAGAAGUCUCCAUCAUUCUGCAAACCCGCAAUCCACUUCCAGCUAAAAUUCCUCAAACUCAACAACCAAAUACUCAAGUGAAGAAAACCAUUCUAGAUGAUGAAGUACAAGCCAAAUUAUUUCAAGCGGACGGAGAGAUAGCAACUUUACGUGCUCAAUUGCAACAGUUGCAAAGACAGAAACAGGAAGAAGUUUCAGCCCUAAAGGAGUCCUUGAAUACAUUUAAGGAAUCUAGUGAAAACCAGUUAUCAAUAUUAAAAAAUGCGGUACAGACCCUUGAAGAUGAGAAGAAAUUCUUAAACAAUGAGUUGAUAUCUAAAACUGCUAGUAAGAAGCGAAAAACAGAGCCACUGAACAAAAUAGCAACAUCCACUUUAGCAAAUGAAGAAAAGUAUUUGCCACUACGGCCGUUGAAAGAAGUAAAAACUGGUACAAAUGAUUCAGUUGUUGCAACCCAAAAUGAGACCCAAGGUAAACCGAUUCAAAAAGUUAUCAAACUACUGAGUGACUCAUCAUUACUUAUAGAUCAACUUUGGAAUCAUUCUAUAGUGGGAAGCAAAAGAACAUCAUUUGAAUAUUUAAAUAAAAUAUGCAUUGAUUUUGAUUUAAAAUUGAAUUCAGGGUUGAAAAUUGUGAAACGUACCUCAAUUUCAUCAAGUAUUGUUGAAUUUUUAAUGAUGAAUAAAAAUAACCGAUUAGAUAAACUCAUUGAAAUUUUCACCAUAUCGACAAUUCAACUAGUUGAGAAACUAUUACAAGAGAAAUACAUUCUUGCAAUACCAUUUAUUUUGUCUUUGGUUGAUUGUUCAUUGUCUUUCCGACCAGCAGCACUUACAAAAUCGUUGAUUGUACAAAUACUAAAGCGAGUAUCGAAAAUAACUGAGAGUCUAUUGUUUUUGUUGAAUUCCAAUCUUGAUGAAGAUGAUUUAGCCAAUUAUCAUGAUGUUCCGUACCAAGUGAUGGUAUUAGAGAAGUUUAUCUUUGUGGAAUGUUUGGAUUUGAUGGAAAGGUUAGUGACUUUGACUACAACAUUCGAUAUUGAGUUUAUCAAGACAGUAUGGCAAAACCGCAUUUUACCCCAAAAUAUAAUAACUUCAUGCCUACCUGAUAAUUCUGAAAGAUUUAAGAAUACUGCGCAAAUAAAUGUGGUAUUUAAUAUCGUAGAGUUGCUUGUUGCCUCAGUCACUGAAGAGACGUUUGCAUACAAUGAUACAAAUUUGGAUGAAAAAUUAAUUUUAUCACUACUAAAAGUUUUCCUAAUAGAUAUUCCAAUUCGAGAAGACUUUAUGUUUUAUGGGUUGAAUAGAAUCUUGGGCAAUAAUUGUGAUUUUCUUAAAAUCGAUAGUGUUAUCCCUAAAGAUCACGACCAUUUGAACAAUUAUUUGAUUGUAAUCCCACAACCAAUUCCAUUUGAUAUUGAAACACCACACCAAUUUCGAAUAGAUAUGAAUCAUGAAUAUCAUUUAUUGAUUCUUCGAAUUAAAAUUGCUGAGCUUUUUUUGUCGUUAAUUAUCACUAAACAAACUUUUGAUUUCCUAUAUAAUAAAGAGCAUUUCAAGUCAUUGAUACGAGUCAUUGGAUUUGAACAGAACCAUAUUGCACAAUCACCUCGAUCCAAGCAUGUGUAUUUAAGAUUACAAUUGAUUAGCAUGUUAGUGAAAAUCAUAGAUUAUCUUACACAAGAUUUACGUGAUGCCAGUGAACUCAUUUAUAGUGAGUUGAUGUAUGAGAUUUUUGUCGUAUUCCUGAGAAUUGCAUUUGGUGCUGAUUCGUUGUCAAUAGAUGCCCAUAAAUUAUUGGUUAAAAUCAGGAACCGGCCAGGCGGUAAAAGUUUGACUGUAUUCAACAAGUGGUGUGAGACAAGAGCAAGACAGUUGAAUCAUGUGUCACUACUGAAUUUCAAUGUUGAAACUGUUGCUAAUGUAGAAAGUGAUUUUGCCAAUGGUUUAGAGUUUCCAUAUGAAUCAGAAACAGUUGAACUAGCAAGAAAUAUAUUAAAUCGAUUUGUGGAUCAUGAUGAAGCCGAGAAUUUGUAUGUCAAUAUGAAUGCAGAAGACCCACAUGAUUUUGAAAAUGACGAUGAAAUGGACAUCCCCUAG